CGCAGUCUCUCUCUCCAUGAGCCGCCUGCUGUUGCUGCUCGUUGCCGUGACGUCGACGUCCGCGUUUGUGCCCGUCGGCGUGCGGUCCAGUGUCGCCGCGCCAGCAACAGCUGCUCCCGUCGCCUUCCGCCUGGGCUCGCCGGUCGCGGCGGCGAGGAAGGUGGCGAAGAAGCCUGUCAAGCGCGCGGCGCCGAAGAAGAAGGUGGCGAAGAAGCCUAUCAAGCGCGCGGCACCCAAGAAGGUUGUGAGGAAAGCAAGCGGCGGCUCAACGAGCGGCACAAGUGGCGGCGCACUGUUCAAACAGCUUCCCGGCCAGACCGUGGGCACCCUCGACGGGUUCGGUCUCGGGCCUGCGCAGAUUGGCGGCAUCGCUGUGUGGCUGCUGCUGGUGCUGAAGCUGUUCGGCGUCUCCCCAGGCGGCGGCUUUGGCGCGGCCCCGAUGUCCUAGACCCUUUGCGGCGGCAAGGUGGAGCACGCUCGCUCGCUCCUACGUAUGUUGGCGCGGCGGGGCCUUGGGACACCCAUCCCCCCACGGUCGCGUCUUCGCGUGCCCUGAGCGGAUCUUUAUAUUCGCGGCCGCUCGUCUGACCAAAGAGAGGGUCGGUGACGUGUGUGAGAUCGAGCGUUGGAGAGACACGCGCCUCUCGCGCCACCGCCCGGUUUCUGUUUUAUAACACGUAGCAGCAACGGACUGUC